GCUGGGCGUAGGCUGCACACACACACACACACACACUACAGCGGAGCACAUUGUUCACACUGGACUGUCUGUAACGUUACAUCUAAUGCAAUCCAGGAGAAUCUCGAAAUAAACGGAAUCUCCUGGAGAGUGACUGUAUCCGGGGAAUCAGAGGUGUGGCGAGAGGUUGAAGAGGAGUGAAGGAAUGACUGAAUAUAAGCUGGUGGUGGUGGGCGCUGGAGGCGUGGGCAAGAGCGCUCUCACCAUCCAACUCAUCCAGAACCACUUUGUGGACGAAUACGACCCCACUAUAGAGGACUCCUACAGGAAGCAGGUGGUGAUUGACGGGGAGACGUGUCUCCUGGACAUCUUGGACACUGCAGGUCAGGAGGAGUACAGCGCCAUGAGGGACCAGUACAUGAGGACAGGAGAGGGCUUCCUCUGUGUGUUUGCCAUCAAUAACACCAAGUCCUUUGAGGACAUUCAUCAGUACAGGGAACAGAUCAAGCGGGUGAAGGACUCGGAUGACGUGCCCAUGGUGCUGGUGGGUAACAAGUGUGACCUCCCGACCCGGAUGGUGGACACACGGCAAGCGCAGGAGCUCGCGCGCAGCUACGGGAUCCCCUUCAUCGAGACCUCAGCCAAAACACGACAGAAUCUCUGGAUAGCACCAGCAUUGGUUGGUGUUUCUGCUGGUGUGUGUGCAGGGUGUGGAGGAUGCGUUUUACACGCUGGUGCGGGAGAUCCGUCAGCACAAGAUGAGGAAGCUGAACCCGCCGGAUGAGAGCGGACAGGACUGCAUGAGCUGCCGCUGCGUCGUGUGUUGAUCCAGUGAAAUGUGACGCAGAUCUUCAGCUCUGUAAAAGCACUUCCUGUUUUGUGGUCCUCAGCUGACGGCGCGUGUCGGGAGAAGUUUACCCAUGGUUCCGUGCAGCAGACUGGACCAGAGAGGGAGGACGCGGCGUCUCAUCUGAAAGCGCGCCAGGCCUCCAGCACUACGAACAUUAGCGACAGGACCAUGACCUCUCUGGACGUCCACGUCUGCCUGAUGAACACCACUAAUGACUGACCCCUUUCUCCUCUUGAUUUGUGACCCCAGUCUGCUAACGCUGGGCGCCUCCGUGGAUUUCUGCUGAAUUAUUGUUCUUGAAGUCUCAACACUGGUCUGAAGUGGACUCUGUACGUCACAUGACCUCAGCGUCUCACACACACCUUCCUCAGCUCCGACUGGACACUAGUGACCUCAUCCCACGACCCCCGUCCCGCACCUCACGGAAAGCAUACAUAUAUAUAUAUAUAUAUAUAUAUAUAUAUAUAUAUAUAUAUAUAUAUAUAUAUAUAUAUAUAUAUAUAUAUAUAUACAUAUAUAUAUAUAUAUAUAUAUAUGUGUGUGUGUAUAUGCAUAUGUAUAUAUAUAUAUAUGUGUGUGUGUGUUCAUGACUGUCGAAAAGAGCGGAAACUCUGUAGAAAUGAUCAGGAGGAGUGUGAUUUUGCUUGACGUGCAGGUUGUUUUAACAUAACGUUUGUGGAGCAUUAGUUCUGUGUGCUGGUUAAUGUGUACGUUACGAGCGAGUGUUUCCAUUAGAAGAUUAAACAAGCUGACUGAAUUUUCCAAAAUAAAAACUCUCGAGUUGUUUGAAGAA